AUGCAUUUUUCCUGGAUCAAGUCCCUCUGGGCUCUCUUUUUAAUGGUCUCUGUCGCGCAGGCCCAAUUCCAGUUCUUCGAGCAUAUGUUUGGAGGUGGCAAUCAACAGGAACAGCAGCGCCAGGCUCAGAAUUCGCCCAGUGACAGCUCACGGUAUCAGAGGUCCUGGGAAUCCUCACAAUGCAACAAAUAUCUAUGCCCUGGAAUCCUGGCUUGCGUCGAUUUCCCUCAUCACUGUCCUUGCCCACAUCCCGACGUGGAAGAAAAGGUUGAAUUGGGCGAAGGAAGUGCCAUCUCUUUCCAAGGCUACAUCUAUCUUCCCAUGUGGAGCGCAAGACUCCAACCACCGGCUCUCCGGUGGAUUCGAGCUCCCGGUCGAGCUCUCUCCAGCUCGUUCACCAGAGGUCGGAUCAGCCCUCGGGGUCCUCGUAAUAGUAUUCGAAGACCAGAGCGCAUUGCGCCGAAACAGAGCGACGCGGCACAACAGCAACAGCAACAGUCAGAAUACCCAUCGCAUCCGGAGACGAACAACCCCAGCAGUCCGAACUACGAUCCCUCUCAGAACUCUCUCCUCGCUCCCGUUCAUAUACCAGAAGAUCCAAAUGCUGUGCUCAAGGAGACCCAUCCUGCGAUGGGUAUAUUGGCAAAUUCAGGGUUGGUUGUACAGAGGCAAUUGGAGUUGAUGAAUGUGAUGAUCGGUUUCGAACAAGCCAAUAAGUAUGUGAUUAUGGACGCGAAUGGGAACCAUGUUGGAUACAUGGCUGAGCAGGAGAAGAGCAUGGCCAGUGUUAUGGCUCGACAGUGGUUCCGCACCCACCGAAGCUUUGUGACGCAUGUAUUUGAUCGACAUGAAAAUGAAGUGCUCCGGUUCCACCGCCCAUUCUCAUGGAUCAACUCCCGUAUUCGAGUGUACGACCCUCUCGACCUCGCCAGGAGUGCCUAUUCGUCAUCGACCGCUCUGCAAGGAGUUUCUAAGGGGUCUCUAGUUCAGGCUAAUGGCGAUUCAAAUGCCAGAGUCUCGCCGCUUGGAUUCGAUGAAAUGCGCGUGAUUGGAGAGGCCCAGCAACAGUGGGCUCCAUUGCGACGGAAGUACAACCUUUUCAACUUUCAUCACUCCCCAAACCCAGCGACAGAAAUGGGGACAGAGCGGUUACCGCUUUCAGAGUCUGGCUUGUCUGAGUCUCAGCAGAUGCAGUUGACUCGGUCGCAGAAAGACGGCCAAAAUCUUGGGGAAUUCGCGCAGUUCGCCUACGUGGACGAGCCUGUCUUGUCGUGGGACUUUUCGCUUCGUUCAGCCAAUAAUCAACUGAUCGGAUCAGUAAAUCGUGAUUUUGCUGGCUUCGCUCGUGAGCUUUUCACGGAUACUGGUGUUUAUGCGCUGCGCAUGGAUUCCGCUGGUCUUGUCCCCGGGGAGACACCAACCGCGCCUAACAAUGCCGUUCCUGGCAUGACGCUCGAUCAACGUGCCGUGAUGCUGGCUACCGCUGUCAGUGUUGACUUUGAUUACUUUAGCCGCCACAGUGGCUCGGGAGGAUUCGGCUUCAUGCCUAUGUGGUUCCCUGGCAUGGGCGGCGAAGCAGCAGCUGGUGGUGCUGCGGCUGGUGAAGCCGGGGCCGUAGGCGACGCUGCCGCAGGGACCGUUGGCAGGGCUGGAGCCGGUGGCAUGACUGAAGGCAUGACCGCUGGUGUUGCUGGCGCCGGUGCAAUGGCAGGCUACGACGCGAUGCACAGAGGAAUGACCAGUGAUAGCCCUCAGGCCCCACCGGUAGACCAACAAUCACCACCAGCCCCAGGUCAACCUGAUCCUUACCAGACUGGCUGGCCUGAGGAGCGGAUGGAAGAUCCCUGGGGUCAGCGAUCCAAUGACCCAUGGGGCGCAGAAGAACUGGGAGAUGAAGGAGAAGGCGGAGGUGACGAUUUUGACUGGUUCUGA